AUGUCUUUCACCACAUCUGCGGCGACAGCUAUGCUGACCGCGCUUGCGAAAGACCCCAAGACUCCCGAUGAUGGUAGGCCUGGCCGACCUCCGACCGACGGGCAACGCGAUCUGUACACCCAGUUUGUGAUUAGUUUCGCCCUCGGCCUGGGAGCCUUUUUGGCCUUUUGUGUACUGCGACCUAAAUGGACUGAGCUCUACGCUGCUCGGAGGAAACAGAGAAAUGCUGCUUCGCAAUUGCCAGAGCUUCCCGAUAGCUUUUUCGGUUGGAUACCAGUCGUUUAUCGCAUUACGGAGGAGGAAGUCUUACACUCCGCUGGGCUGGACGCAUACGUGUUCCUGUCGUUCUUCAAGUUCGCUAUUCGGCUUCUAUUCUCCGUGUGCAUCUUCGCCUUGACUAUUAUCCUACCUUUACAUUAUGCGAAUACCGGCAAAUACGGAGUCCCGGGAUGGGACGAUAUUGUUCCACCCGAGAAUGGUACGACUUCUUCUCUGGGAAAGGGGAAGAAGGACAAGGACGAGCUAUUUGAUUCGCCUUAUCUGUGGAUGUAUGUGGUCUUCCCUUACAUCUUCACUGGGUUGGCCUUCUAUUUCUUGUUGCAAGAAACAACGAAGAUCAUUCGUACUCGACAGUCUUACCUUGGAAACCAGACAAGCACUACGGAUCGCACGGUUCGCCUUUCGGGAAUCCCAACCGAGUUGAAAUCGGAAGAUGAGAUCAAAAAGUUUGUGGAAGGUCUAAGAGUCGGCAAAGUGGAGACGGUCACUCUGUGCCGAAAAUGGGAAGAGUUAGACCGACUGAUCGACGAACGCAUGGAAAUUCUUCGGUCUCUGGAAAGAGCUUGGACAAAGCAUAUCGGAUAUAAACGUCGACAUGAUGAGCGGCGGCAAGACGGGGAUAUCCUUCCCUUGACCUACCAGCCUCCGUUGGACGAAGAUCAUGAGCGCUCACGACUUCUAGCGGGAGUCGAGCAACCACAUUACAUUUCUGACUAUACCAAUGAGCGACCGCGGGUCCGAGUAUGGUAUGGGUUAUUCAAGCUUCAGCACCGAAGUAUCGACGCCAUCGAUUACUAUGAGGAGAGGUUGCGCAAGAUCAAUGAACAGAUCCUGGCAGCUCGAGAAAAGGAAUAUCCCCCAACGAGCGUUGCUUUCGUCACCAUGGAGUCGAUUGCAGCCUCUCAAAUGCUUGUCCAGGCGACGAUUGAUCCGCACCCUAUGCAAAUGUUCGCUCGCCUUGCCCCUGCUCCCGCUGAUGUUAUCUGGAAGAAUACAUACCUCUCUCGUCCACGCAGAAUGUUCCAGUCAUGGUCGAUUAGCAUCAUGAUCGGCUUUCUGACUAUCUUCUGGUCCGUUCUUCUCCUGCCGAUCGCCUCGCUCCUGGACCUCGAGACAUUGCAUAAAUUCUUGCCAGGCCUUGCCGACGCCCUCUCUCAGCACCCUAUCCUGAAGUCGCUCGUGAAGACUGGUCUCCCAACCUUAGCAUUCUCGCUGUUGACGAUCGCGGUGCCAUAUCUAUAUGAGUUCUUCGGUACAGCUAGUGGGUUUCUCGGCUUCUGGGAAAACCUGCGUGAUGCUUUCAAAGACACAGAGACCAUCGCAUUCGCCUUGGCCAACUCAUUGGAAGGCCUUGCCCCUUUCUAUAUCAACUUGCUCGUCCUUCAAGGCUUGGGACUCUUUCCUUUCCGACUUCUCGAAUUCGGUAGUGUCGCCCUCUACCCACUUCGUUUCAUGAUGGCGAGCACUCCCCGGGAGUACGCGGAAUUGUCCACGCCGCCUCAGUUCAGCUACGGGCUUUCCAUUCCACAGACCAUCUUGAUUUUCAUCAUUUGCAUUGUGUACAGUGUGUUCCCGAGUUCUUGGCUGAUUUGCAUCUUCGGCCUUGUCUACUUCAGUAUAGGGAUGUUCAUCUACAAAUAUCAGCUGCUCUAUGCGAUGGAUCACCAGCAGCACUCUACCGGGCGAGCGUGGCCGAUGAUUUGCAACCGUGUGUUUGCUGGUUUGGUCGUGUUUCAACUUGCCAUGAUCGGUGUUCUGGGUCUUCAGCAAUACGUGACUCGUGUGCUGGUGUUGCUCCCUCUCCUUGCAUUCACCGUCUGGUUUAGUUAUUGGUUCUCUGGGACCUACGAACCGCUGAUGAAGUUCAUUGCUCUGAAGAGCAUCAACCGAGAUCAGCCAGACAAUAGCGAGACAUCCCCGUCUCCCCUUCGACAACCUUUUCACCACCAUCCGGCCUCGAUCGUGACGCGAUGCCUAUCCAUAUUGGAGGGCGCGAUUUGGAGCUACGGCUGA